AUGGCUAAGAGGCUUAGGGAGUUCUUCUUCGAGGGUGUAGGGCAGUUGGCGGCAUUCAUUGUGGACGACUGGGAGGCACUAGAAGGUGAGAAGGUGAAGCAGCAGUCUAAAUGGUUACUUUUUGCAAAAUGGUGGUAUAACACUAACCACCAUUAUGCCUCUAAGAUGACACCAUUCCAAGCAGUUUAUGGCAUUCCACCUUUGAGAUUGGUAGAAUAUAUUCCUGACACCGCUUUGAAUGCAGCAAUGGAUGAUUGUAUGAAGUCAAGGGAGGAAGUCCAAGAAACUUUACACCACAAUUUGUUAGAUGCACCGGAUAGGAUGAAGUUUCAUGCAAAUAAAAGGAGAACUGAAAGGUCUUUUGAACCAGGAGACUAUGUCUACAAGCUUUUACCUAGAUUUUUUCAUCCCUUUAAAGUUCUACACAAGAUUGGUCAGGUUGCUUAUAAGUUGGUUCUUCCAACUUCUUCUCAAAUUCACCCAAUAUUUUUUGUUUCUUGCCUUAAGAAAUGUCUCGAUCAACGAGUUCUUCCAUUACCAUCUCUUCUGCCUGUUGAUGAUACUGGAGCUAUUCAGCCAAAACCAGAGAGAGUUACAGAAAGGCGAAUUCAAAAACAAGGAAUGAAGGCUCUUACUGAGCUCUUGGUGCACUAG